UCCGCCCUGCGGAAAAUAAUAAAAAGGCGCAGAGGAGGCCAGGAAGCGCAGCGGGAGCGCGAGACGGACGAACGCCACCGCCACUAACGGAGCAGCGCCAAAAACCCUAGCUCCCGCGCGCCACCGCCGCUCCCGGCGCCCAGAUCCGGGGCUCCCCCGCGAUGGCGGAGGCGGGGUCGUCAUCGAGGCGGCGGCUGGAGGAGGAGGAGGCGGCCGCGGCGGCGAUGGAGGCGGACGCGGACGCGGACGCGGGGCCCAGGGGGAGGGGGGAGCAAGAGGAGGAUGAGGAGGGGACGGAGAGCAGCGACUACUCGUCGGAGGACGAGGGCACGGAGGACUACCGCCGCGGCGGGUACCACGCCGUCCGCGUUGGGGACUCCUUUAAGCAGGGCGCCUACGUCGUGCAGUCCAAGCUCGGAUGGGGCCACUUCUCCACCGUCUGGCUUGCCUGGGACACCGCCCACUCCAGAUAUGUGGCGCUGAAGGUGCAAAAGAGCGCACAGCACUACACAGAGGCAGCCAUGGAUGAGAUCAAGAUCUUGAAGCAGAUUUCUGAUGGUGACCCCGAUGACUCCCGAUGUGUCGUUAAGCUUCUUGACCACUUCAAGCAUUCGGGCCCUAACGGGAGCCAUGUGUGCAUGGUGUUCGAGUUUCUUGGUGAUAACUUGCUGACACUGAUAAAGUGCAUGAACUAUCGUGGAAUUCCACUUCCGAUGGUCAAGGAGAUAUGCCACCAUGUGCUCAUUGGCCUUGACUACCUCCACCGCACUCUUUCUAUUAUUCACACUGACCUUAAACCUGAGAAUAUAUUGCUCGUGUCCACCAUUGACCCCUCAAAGGACCCCCGGAAGUCAGGUGUUCCCUUGGUUCUGCCUGCUGCAAAGACAGACGUGCCACCUCCGAAGCUGCCUGCACCGUCAGCAAAUGGUGGCCUCACCAGGAACCAAAAGAAGAAGAUCCGGAGGAAAGCCAAACGUGCAGCCGCUGCAACUUCAGAAGGCAGCGGUGCUGUUGCAUCUGCUGACACAGAUGGGUCAGACGACAGAGGAGAUUUGGGUACAGCAAAUGAGGGCAGUCCUGGCCAGGAUGGAAGUAAGAAGCGGGCAACAGGAGAUAGACGGGGUAGCAAAGGGGCUAAGAAGAAGAUGGCAAUGGAGGCUGACCUAAAGUGCAAGCUGGUGGACUUUGGAAAUGCGUGUUGGACAUACAAGCAGUUCACAAGCGAUAUUCAGACAAGGCAAUACAGAUGUCCCGAGGUUAUACUUGGCUCCAAGUACUCUACAUCUGCUGACCUGUGGUCCUUUGCGUGCAUCUGCUUUGAGCUUGCCACAGGGGAUGUGCUGUUUGAUCCGCAUAGUGGUGACAAUUUUGACAGAGAUGAGGAUCACCUUGCACUGAUGAUGGAGCUACUAGGAAUGAUGCCUCGAAAGAUUGCCUUGGGUGGUCGGUAUUCGCGCGAGUUCUUCAAUCGGUAUGGGGAUUUGAGGCACAUCCGGUGCCUGCGGUUCUGGCCUCUCAACAAGGUGCUUAUGGAGAAGUAUGAAUUCACUGAAAGAAACGCAACCGACAUGGCAGAUUUUCUUGUUCCAAUACUUGAUUUUGUCCCUGAAAAGCGCCCUACGGCUGCUCAAUUGCUUCAACAUCCAUGGCUUGAUGCUGGCCCCCUUCGACAGCAACCUAAAACUCUGUCUAACUCGACACAGAAUUCAGUUCAUGGUGUUUCAGAGAAGCAAAGGAAAGAGAACGAAGAAAGGGAUGCAAUGGCUGUAGAGUUGGGGAACAUUGCCAUAGAUGGCACUUUGUCAUCCGAGUCUGCAAACUAUCCUCAAGCAACUACAAACAAAGCAAAUGCUGCACCUUCUAAGAAGUGAGAUGCAUUUAAUUUCACAAGUUAAAUUGUAAGACUUGUUUUCGGUUGAGAUGUAUUCCAUGAGUGGGAAAUGAGUGCUUCUUUAGGUUUGAAAUAUGUUAGGAUAGCUACUCAGCGAAAAGAAGUGUAGGCCAAACAUUUGUUGUACGAGGUUAGAUUUGUUGGGGUUGCAGAGACCCUAACCUUUUUCCGGAGAACAUAUUCUUUUGUACAAUUAGAAUCCGCAAAUUUUGUAAGCCAUUUAGGACUGAACAACGGGGACCGAGAUCAUUUUUACCUUAUUGUUCUCUGUGGUCUUGGAACCAUCUGAAAACAGCCAGGAGACUUUGGUCGCGCCUGAGAUAUCUGAACUGUUUUAACCUGUUGAA